AUGCGCCAGUCAUGCACUUUGGUGGAGUCGCCACUCGAUUGGCUGUCUCAGGACAGCACUAGCACAAGCAGCUGGCCCUAUGGUGUGGCCGCAUCCGCUUCCCGGAGCAGGUCGUGCUCCUCCUCCCGGGUCCUGAGCUUCCAUGCGAACGCGGCCCACCAGCAGCCGGCAAACAUGCACCAAAAUCCGGGCGGGCAACAGCAACAGCAGCAGCAGCAGCAGCAAGCGCCACAAGAGAGCCAGCCUGAGCCGGCAGCCGGCAAUGCCUCGUCCUCGCAUGCAAACGGCUCAAAGCCACGAAGUGCUCAGGGACAGGAUGCCCAGGACAACCAGGACGACCAGGAGGAGGAGGAGGGUGGAGACGAUGACGAGGAAGCUGAUGCCGUCCCGGAGCCAAAGAAGCCCGCGGAGACGGCCAAAGAGGCAGCUUUUAAGGAGGCGCUGAGAAAGCACAAGGAGCAGGUGGCAAAAGACGAGGAGCAGAGAAAGGAGGAAGCAGAGCUCAAGGAGAAAGCGAAGAAGAGGCUGGAAAUGGAGCGCAAAGCAAAGGAGAUGCUGAAGGCGCUGCCGCCAAUUCCGGAGGACGGCCACGCAAACCAUCGCAGCUGGGAGGCGCAGCUGUCUGCCAGCGACGUGAAGGAGGAACUGCAAGCAAGUCGCGAGAUGGACGCUUUGCGGUCCAAGCAGCAUGCAGAUCCUGGAGCCCUCCUGGCAAAGGACCUGCGUGGAGCCUUUCUCAACUACUUGGGCUCCAACAGCCCGCACCACCUUGCCUCUGCCAGUGCCCGCGCAAGCGCUAGCGAGGAGGCAGACAUGGCACAUCAUCAGAGUUGGGAGGCCAAGCUUACGGCCGAAGACAUGAAAAAUCAGAUGCUCUCAAGUCGUGAGCGCGACUCCUUGGCAUCUUCUGUGGUGGGCAGUGCAGAUGCAAACAAAGCUUUGAGGGAACGUGACGAAGGUGUCGGCGACGCAGGAGGAAAGGACAAGAAUGUCAGCGACGAGGAUUCGAAAGACAAAGUGGAAGUAGGCUCGUCUGGUGGUUCGGGCACCUUGCUCCCGCUGAUUCACCAGGUGGGUCAGUCCAUUGGCCUGAACGAUAUCCUCAAGAACAGCGUCGAGAGCUUUAACCUGGCCUUCAGACAAUCCCCAUAUCCAAAGUUCUUCUGUGGCAAGGAAGGUGAGACUACGAGGGAGCUGGAGGAGAAUGAUCAUCCAGCUCUCUACUUCUCCUUUCCUGUUCGGAACGUCAGCGUCACGCUCACGAACCUCGGCAAGCUUGGAAAGGGGCCCGAGGAGGUGGUGUGGGAUGCGGAGUUUUCGAGUCGCAAGGACUUCAAAGGAGUUCUAGGCACCAUGCGUCCAACCGGUGGCACGAAGCCGCGCUACAAGCCACCGUGCUUUCCUGCCAAGACCAAGUACCGGAUGCAGCUGCGAGUGAUAUCUGAAGAUGAAGGCGAAGCUGCUGGUCCAGAUCGCAGCAUCGACGAAGACGCCGAGUUUGAGGUCCAACUUCUCGACAGGAAUGAUCCCUUGAUGCAAGAGAGGCUCAAAGAUGCAGAGAACCACUACGACGGCGUCCGGUCGGGGGACUCCUUCGGCUCAGGGACAAGUGGUUCUGGGCUUCCUGGUGCAGUCGCUGGCCCUGCGAAUCAAGACAAGAUUGGCAAGAUGCUCAAGGAGUUGAUGAAGUUUGAGAAGCUGGGGCCAUACAUUGCUGCGGUGCCGGCGGCAGCCAGCUCCUCGCACAGCUGCCAGACUUUCCUAUUUGCACUUCCUCUAGCUGGAUCGGCUGAGGGUGCCAAGGGUCUUGGAUCAGCUUCUGCACAGAAGCUGUGGAAGAACAAGACCGAAGACUCGGAGCCACGUCCACUUCAGAUCGAGUACAAUAGUGGCUUGUCAGAAGAAGACAACGAGAUAUUCGAGGAUCUUGGCCUGCCCGGACAUCAGAAGGUCGCGGAGACCGUUUUCGAAGACCCGGAAGAGGCCGGCAUUCGACCCCGGCUGCUGGUUCCCUUGCAGUCUGUGCUCGGUCUAAAGGCUUUGUGUGAGCGUGAGUACAUCCGCACGGAGACGGUGACUGAGAUGCUGAAUCAGUGCCGCACCGCUUACUACAAGGAGCUCCUCUAUCUCCGAGAGCAACUCAUCCUGGCAGCAGAGCCGGAGAAGCAAAUGCUGCUGGCGUCUGUUCAGAACUAUGAGGUCUACUACUUCAACCCUCCAGCUUACGUCGACGAAGACCUGAAAGAAUAUAUCAUGAAUUGCAGCAGAUGGACCCACAAGAAACUGAUAGAAGAGAACUACGAGCUCCAGAUGAAGCUUGCAGGACAGGAGGACGUCUUUGAGAAUGUAGACUUUUGCCUGAAAGGGCUACUUCGGAGACACGGGACCUACAAAGUCUUCAAGACCAUGCACAACAUCGUGAAGAAUGCCAAGGACCUCUUCAAUCCCGAGGACAUGAUCCGCAAGAAAGAAAUGGAGGGCCUGAAGCCAAUCGACGAGUUGCAGGCAGCCGUCGUCGAACUCUUCCCGAACCUCAAAGCCAAAGAAGACAAUUCGGGCCUCCUCCUGGCCGAGAUCGAGGAGCUCCAGCAGUCUGUCACGCAGCUCAGAGCAGAGUUGGCCAAGACGAAGGAUCUCCUGGAGAAGGAAAGAAAUCGUGCCAAUGAGCUGAAUCGGAAGUGCGAUGAGCAGAAGCAGCUCCUCGAAAAGCCGCGCGCGGAGGAGGUGGAAGUCGUGAAGAGAGUGGACAACGAAGCAACCUUGGAGGAGCUGAAGCAGCUCAAGGAGCUCAGGCAGCAGAUGGAACAGGAGGCCCAGGCGCAGGCAAGACGGCUGCGAAAGCAGCUGGACGAGUUCGCCGCAGCCAAGUCCUUGCCGUCAGGAAGCUCGAAGGCGGAUCCCAACAAGCACCUGCCGAAGCUGGACGAGGCCAUCUCCGACGCCGAGCAGCUCUUCCAAGCAGCUGCGAGCCUACCGGCGCAGCAGGUGGUGACGAAAGUCCAGGGCGCCACCAAACAAGUGGUGGAUAAAAGCGGAGAAGAGAAAGCUUUGAAGGAGCUGCAGCAGCUCAGGCAAGAGCUGGAGGCUUUGAAAGCCAAGCUUGCGGCUGCCGAGAAGCGCGAGCGCGAAGCCUUGCAGAAGCUCAAGGAGCUGCAGAACAAGCCGGACAAGGUUGAGAAGUCCGACUCAGCGGGACCCAUUCCAGACGAUUACGAAGAGCUCAAGACGCGCCUAGAGCGGAAAAUCGCCAGGAUCGCCGAGUUGGAAGCGGAGUUAGACCAGACGAAGCGAGACUUGCGAGCUGCCAAUCGGAAAGUUGAAGAGCAGGAGCUGCUGCUUCAAGAGAAGGGCAGGAAAGAUGCAGAAAAGGCCAAGCAGUUGUCCGACCUCAUGGAGAAACUGCGGAAGUCCGAAGAGGAGGCCGACAAUCUUGGAGGUAAGCUGUACAAUGCCCAAGAGAAGAUCAAGAAGCUCAAAGAAGAGAUCCGGGACCUGAAGAACAAGCUGGGAAUCAAAGUGGAGGAGAGUGAGGGGGAGGAAGAGGAGGAAGCGGAGGAUGCGCCGAGCUUCAUGAGCCGCUAUGCCAUCCGAGCGAAAAACAGUGGAAAGCCACGCUGGAUGCUGCUGAGCGAGGAUGCAAAGCUCAAGAGUCAGAAGACAGAGCACAUGCAGAAUCAAGCUCAUCAGCAUGUCGGCAGCAGCUUCCAGGCCGCCAAUGCCUUGCAGUUCCUGAGGCGCGCGCCCUCCUCCCCGGAGAGUCGGAAGCCUCGUGGCGUUCGUUUACAGUACGGUGACACGCAGGAGUGGUAUACUCCUGAUUCAAGCAUGGGCUAUGGCUAUGGCAUGGGCUAUGGCAUGGGAGAUGGCACUCCAGCUACUCCAGCUCCCGGAGGAUUCAGCAGGCAGGGAAGCUUCCAGAUGGGCCAAACUUUUACAGAUGGCUCUGCCGCGAGCCCCGGCGGUCCUCGGUUCCUGACGUCCCAGGGCUCGAUGAACUUCUCCGGAGAUGCAUCACCCCAGCGGUCAAUGACGCAGAGCUUCAGCAGGCAGGGUACGGCCAGCAUGGCUGGUUUCGGCAUGCGCUCUUCAGGGAGUCCCAUGAUGGGCAGCCCCAUGGUGGGCAGCCCCAUGGUGGGCAGCCCCACAAUGGGUGGCAACUCGAGGCAAGGCACGCCUCCGCUAGUCCAUGCCCUUGGAAUGCCGGGAUCAGGUGUUGGAUUUACCGGCAGGCCAGGUGCUCUCGUCGCCGCGGGGCCCGCGGGCAGCAUGGCUGGCCCGUCCGCCGGUCUUCCGGCAAGGGGGAUGACCAAUGCUACAGGCCCGCAGCUCUUUGGACAGAGGCAGGGCACACCACCAGGCAUGCCGAAGGAGUCGCUGGCUGGGCCAAGGAUGGCGUCGACAUCCUCGGGGCUUGUAGGUGAGUCCAUGGGCGUCGUAAGGUUCGAGGCGGUGCCAGGCAUGCACAGCACUCCUCUGGCCCAAGGAACUGGGAGCUCGAGCCUCUCCGUGUCAGGCCUGUCAGGCCCCGCGAGCCCCACAAGCGAGAGCGGCUUGGGCUUGGGAGCGGACGGCGCCGCCAUGUCCACUGCAGCUGCAGGCAGUGCUGGACCCGGGGCCUUUCCUCUGCGGUUGCCUCCAGGUGCAGCAGACGAUAUUCGAAGCUCGUCUUCAAUGGCACUGUCCGCCGACGGCAGGCAUCCGGCCUUCCUUCACGCCAACUCGGCAUCAAUGUCGCCAAGCUCGUUUAGGCUACAUCAUGUUGGCCUGGCUUCGGGCGGUAGCUCUCCAACCGAUGCUCCGCUUGAGCUGAUUCCGCAGGAUUACAAUGGGCCAACACGCCAAGCUUCCUCGCCCAGCCGACGAGGUCCCUUGCAGCCUUUGCGACAGAACAGCUCAGCCGCUAUGUCAAUGCCGCUGAAUCCUCGGAUAGGAGGAGGGGAAGCUUCCUUGACACUUCCGGACGAUGCCAUGGUGCCGCGACGACUAGUGACGGAUCUCGGAAGUCAAUCGGUGCCACAGUGUGUCGGAUCAGAUGGGCUUUAUGAUUUGCGGAGGUGUGGGAUGGAUGGAUGA